CUUGAUAAUAGUAUACUUAUCUUUUUUGUGCGACCCGAAAUUUUAUAAAUGGGAGAAAGUACAUUGGCCUUUAAAGUUAUUUUCUGUAAAUAUCCAUCAUGGUGUUUGAUGCUUUAAUGAAAUAUAGCGAGCGAGGAAAUUUCACCUACAUAUCUUAUAUUUUGGUAGUUAUUCUUUUAAUAAGCUUAUCAUGGAAUUUGUGCACGAGUUUUCUAAAAUGGAUAAAACGAAGAAAAUUGUUGCCACCAGGACCUAUCGGACUACCUUGGGUGGGUUAUUUACCUUUUUUAGGCAUGGAACCUCAUAAGACAUUAUGGAAGAUGAAAGAAAAGUAUGGAGAUAUCAUUGGGGUGAAUCUGGGUUCCAAAUAUACAGUUAUUUUAAAUGAAUAUCCAGUCGCUAAAGAAGUCAUAACACAUCCGGGAGCGCUAGACAGAGCACCUGAUCUCUUCAAUCAUAUACCUGUUAUUGGAUUCAUUACUGCAAAUGGAGAAAAAUGGGUUGAGCAAAGACGGUUUUGUUUAUCAGCAACUCGAGAUCUAGGAUUAGGAAGGCGUUCCUGGGAAGAUCUAGUCACGGAGGAAGUGCAUAGCUUUGCUGAUGAAAUUCAAAACGCAAAGGGAAAUCCGGUAGAUGCAUCUCGCUCACUAGCACAUUCUAUUUCAUCGAAUAUAAUCUCACUUUUAAUUGGUCGCCGACUUAAAAAAGAUGAAGAAGCUGAUAAAGUUCAACUGUCUGUAGACUAUUCUGAGAUAUCUUUUACAUACAUGGGUCCAUCUAAUCCCGGAACCGUCAUACCUGGCUUAAGAAAGUUUUUUGAAACAUUCAAGAUCGGAGGUUACGAUAGAGCUGCAAAAAUUGUGAGGAGGUUCCAGAAAUUUAUAAGAGAUGAGAUUUAUCGACAUAAGGCAUUUCCAGAAUUGAGUGACAUGGAUGAUUUCAUAAAUUCGUAUCUCGGAAAAUUGGACAAAUUAUCCAACCAUGAAACAAAUGUUCGACAUUAUUUCUCAGAGGAAAUGCUGGAAGGUAAUGUGAAGAUUUUAUUCCUUGGUGCCAGUGACACUAUUUUAAGUUCACUGGGUUGGCUCUUCAGACUAAUGGCUGACUAUAAAGCUAUUCAAGAUAAAGUUUAUAGAGAAAUUAUGGAUGUUAUAGGAAGAGAUGGUGCUGUUAAGUACGAAGAGAGAGACAAAAUUCCUUACACCUUUGCUGUCUUGAUGGAAUCGCAGCGUUUCUCAAGCAUCGUACCUCUGAGUACAACCAGACAAGCUAAUCAAGAUAUUUCAAUCAAGAACUUCAUCAUUCCAAAAGGCGCCGAAAUUACAAUUAACCUUUGGGCUCUUCAUAAUGAUCCACAAUAUUGGAGUGAACCUGAAAAAUUUAAACCAGAAAGAUUUUUAACAGAUAACGGAACAAAGCUAAGAAAACAUCCAGAGAGUUAUGCGCCAUUUUCUAUUGGUAGAAGGAACUGUCCUGGUGAAACUAUUGCCUGGAUGGAAAUCCUGGCCUAUUUUACUGAAAUAGUUAGAAGGUUUGAAAUAUCUGUCCCACCAGGUUCACAAGUUGAAUAUAAAAUUGUGAAUGGAUUAGUUGAGCAUUUAGCCCCACAGCCUCUAUGUUUUAAGGAAAGGAAUAAUAUAAUCAACGAUUUGGAGAAAAAAAAAACUACAUUGUUGGAAAUGGCGCUCGAAAAUUUACUCCAUUCUAAAGAAUUAUUAUUUAAUAUUUCUGUAACUCAAUUAUUACUCUCUACACUUGCAUUAUGUAUUGGAUUGAUUGGUCUAAGGACAUACAGAAAAUUCCAAUCGAAAAAUAAACCACCCGGUCCAUUAGGAUUACCCUUAGUUGGUUAUUUACCCUUUUUGGGUGCUGAACCACAUAAAACGUUAUGGAAAAUGAAGAAAAAGUAUGGAGAUAUAAUGAGUUUAUAUUUCGGAAAUAAAUAUACAAUAAUAAUAAAUGAUUACAACAUCGCCAAGGAAGUACUAUCUCAUCCUGCAGCUCUAGACAGAGCACAAGAACAAUUUGAUUCUUUACCCUGUAUCGGAUUUCAAGUUGAAAAUGGAAAUAAAUGGAUCGAACAACGGAGAUUUUGCCUCUCUGCGGCACGUGACUUAGGUCUUGGAAGACAAUCUUGGGAAGAUUUAAUUACGGAUGAAGUUGAAAGUUUCAAGGAUGAAUUAUCAAAAACCGGAGGAAAGCCAGUUGAUAUUUCUAAACCUUUAGCCAUCUCUGUAGCUUCUAAUAUAUUGUCUUUGUUGAUUGGCCGUAGACUAAAUAAGGAAAAAGAAGCAGAAAAAAUAGAGCUUGCCUUAGAAUUUAUGGAAACAGCAUUUGCAUAUUUGAGCCCUUCCGAACCUGCAAGUAUUAUUCCUGGUCUAAGAAAAUAUUUAGAGUUCUUCAGACUUUUUGGAUAUGACAAAGCAGCUGAAACCGUUAAAAAGUUUGGAAUGUUCGUUAGAGAAGAAAUUGCUCGCCAUAAAUCUUCCACUGAUGCAGAUGGUCUUCAAGAUUUUAUUAAUUCCUACUUGAAGAAAAUCGAGUCCAUGGCGAAAACAGAUAACACGGAGCAUUUCUUUUCAGAGUUUAUGCUGGAAGGAAACUUAAGCAUUUUAUUUUUGGGUGCAAGUGACACUAUACAUAGUUCUUUGCUAUGGCUGCUGAGACUCAUGGCUGAUCAUAAGGAUAUUCAAGGAAAGGUUCAUUCUGAAAUAAUGGACGUUUUAGGGAAGGAAGGUAAAGCAAAAUACGGAGAAAGAGAUGAGAUUCCCUAUACUUUUGCAGUAUUGUUGGAAGCGCAGAGAGUGUCAAGCAUUGUGCCAAUUAGUACUACAAGAAAACUCAAUCAAGAAAUCUCAGUAAAAGGUUAUACACUUCCAAAAGGUGCAGAAAUAGCGGCCAACCUAUGGGGAAUUCAUAAUGAUCCCAACUAUUGGGAAGAGCCAGAUCGAUUUAAUCCGGAGCGGUUCUUAUCUAAUAAUGGUGCAGAACUCAGUGGAAAAAUAGCUCAGUAUGCGCCAUUUAGUAUGGGACGAAGGAACUGUCCUGGUGAAAAGAUUGCUUGGAGAGAAAUUUUAGGAUAUUUUACAGAAAUUAUAAGAAAGUUUGAAAUUUCUUUACCUGAUGGUGCUAAGGCUCAUUACAAUAUAAGGAAUGGUCUUGUUACAAAACUAAUGCCCCAGAACUUAUGUUUUAAAGAAAGAAAAUAACGUUGCAGGUGAAAAAAAAAAAUACAAAAACUGUGUACUGCAUUGUUA